AGAGGGAUGCGGGCGGCAGAGCGCGAGCGGCGGCUGCUAGGCUGCGGGGCGCUGUGACUGUCCCUCCGCCUGCCUCGGCGGGCUCCUCUCUUGUGCCCCCCGGACUCCGGUCUCCUCCUGCCCCUCCGGCUUCCCAGAGCUCCCUCCUGAUGGCAGCGGCUUCCCGCGUCUCCGGCGCAGCUUCUCAGCGGACGACCCUCUCCCUCCCGGGGCUGAGCCGGGUCACUGGAUGUUGCUGAAACUCUCGAGAUCAUGCGCGGCUUUGGCUGCUGCUUCCGCACCGGGUGCCACUGCCACCGCCGUCGCUUCUGCUGCCGCCGUCCGCGGGAUGCUCAGUAGCCCGCUGCCUGGCCCCCACGAUCGUGUGUUCUUCGGAAGCCGUUUGCUGCUGCAGAGUUGCGCGAACUAGUCAUGGUGCUGUGGGAGUCCCCGCGGCAGUGCAGCAGCUGGACACUUUGCGAGGGCUUUUGCUGGCUGCUGCUGCUGCCGGUGAUGCUACUCAUUGUAGCCCGCCCGGUGAAGCUCGCUGCCUUCCCUACCUCCUUAAGUGACUGCCAAACGCCCACCGGCUGGAACUGCUCUGGUUAUGAUGACAGAGAAAAUGAUCUCUUCCUCUGUGACACCAACACCUGUAAAUUUGAUGGGGAAUGUUUAAGAAUUGGAGACACUGUGACUUGCGUCUGUCAGUUCAAGUGCAACAGUGACUAUGUGCCUGUGUGUGGCUCCAAUGGUGAGAGCUACCAGAAUGAGUGUUAUCUGCGGCAGGCUGCCUGCAAACAGCAAAGCGAGAUACUCGUGGUAUCAGAAGGAUCAUGUGCCACAGAUGCAGGAUCAGGAUCUGGAGAUGGAGUCCAUGAAGGCUCUGGAGAAACCAGUCAAAAGGAGACAUCCACCUGCGAUAUUUGCCAGUUUGGUGCAGAAUGUGAUGAAGAUGCUGAGGAUGUCUGGUGUGUGUGCAACAUUGACUGUUCUCAAACUAACUUCAAUCCCCUCUGUGCUUCUGAUGGGAAAUCUUAUGAUAAUGCAUGUCAAAUCAAAGAAGCAUCAUGUCAGAAACAGGAGAAAAUUGAAGUUAUGUCUUUGGGUCGAUGUCAAGAUAACACAACUACAACUACUAAAUCUGAAGAUGGGCAUUAUGCAAGAACAGAUUAUGCAGGUACAUAA